UGGUUAUACUGUGCGGUCGGUGAUUUGUUUAUAGUUAUUUUGCGGCAAGUUUAGCGCUUAUUUUAGUUACAACUAAUAAUAAUAAUGGAGGUGGAGUUUAGCAAGGAUAACUUUCUGCUGCCGGAGGUGAAGUACGAGUACUUGGAUCACACGGCUGAUGUGCAAAUCCAUGGCUGGGGAACAAGUUUAAAGGAGGCGUUUGAGCAGUGUGGCGUUGCCAUGUUUGGAUACAUGACUGAACUGGAUUACGUUUCUGUGGAACAGUGCUUUGAAAUUGAAGCCCAGGGCGACGAUCUGGAGGGUCUUCUCUUCCACUUCCUUGACGAGCUGCUGUUCCUUUUCUCCGCCGAACCAUAUUUGAUAUGCAAAAAGCUGGAGAUCACUAAAUUCGAUCUGGAAACCUUCGAGAUCUCCUGCCGUUGUUACGGGGAGCCCUUCGAGCUGGGAAAACAUCCGCAGGGCACCGAGGUGAAGGCAAUCACAUAUUCCGCCAUGCAAAUCGUUCAGGACGCGGAGGCCAGCAACUACGAGGUGUUUGUGAUAAUUGACAUUUGAUCCAGCGCUGUGACCGACGGGAAUUAAAUGUGACUGUUCUGUUUCAACCCCUUUGCCUGUCUCCAUUAAUCAUAAGUGAAAUGCCAAAAAAACAAAAACGAUAUAAAAACCGCUGCAUAAGCCCCGAAAAAUUUGCAAUCUCUCGUGCUGCGACUGCAUCCCUUUUCGAUGAGGAUGACUUAUCAAGAAACCACUCGAUUGUGCGGCUGCAAAUGCAAUUAGGACUGGGCUCCCUUCUUCUCAACGGGUCUGAUUCAAGAAUCAAGAUUAACCCUUUUGCCUUCUUGCAUUUUUUAUGUACUAUUCUGUUUUUGUGCAGACGGCUUUGUGAAUUGGCUACGUGUUGAAUUCCCAGACAAACGCCGAAUUUGUUGUCCUUUCCCAGACCGCAGUUCAAUGCACUUUUCAUUUGGACAGCCUUCGGAAGUUCCUCGCCCGUUGUUCAAUUAAUAAUUUUAGAUAAAAUCAGAGUAGGUAUUUAAAAUAUAGGGUUUAAUUAGCGAGAAUCUAAACUUUAGAAUUUCAUAACGUAUUAACUUAACCUAAUUUGUAAUUCACUUUUGUUUAUACAGAUCAAGUUGCAUUAACGUCCUUAAAUGUUCAAAGAGAAUGUUUAAAACACAUUUUUUUUACAUAAUUAUGUCUGCUGCCUUAAACCUACAUGUAAUAUUUAUUAAUUUUAUAAUAGAGUGCGAAUUAUAAUUCCCAAUGAUAAUGAAAUAAGUUUUUAAUGUAAAAUAUUAAUUUUUGGAAUACGGUUUUUAUUUAAGUGUAAACGACUAUUUAAUGAGCUGAAAUUUUCUUUAAAAAAUCUAUGAUUUUAGUAUUAUUAACGUUUUAUAUUUCUACAGGUUUUAUUAAAGCAGAUUAUUAUUACUUUAGGUUCAAAAAAUAUAAUUAUCU